GAGGACAGUAAAACUUUUCAAUCAAAAUAGUCUGUUUGGCAAGUCUGUGUCUGUCGGCUGGCCCGUUUACACACUUCAAACCUUUCAAAAUUUUCUGCGCUCACGACGUAACUUGACAAUUACACUGUUCAACUACCUUUCAUUUCACUUCUGUGCUGUGCGCAGACCGAGAGUUCAAAUCCUGUGAAGACUCAUAUUGCAGGUGUGCUACUGACAGCUUUAAUCACUUCUGCUAAGUGUUUACUCUGAAAGAAAGAGUCAUCAUGGAGCCAAUGGCCCUAGGUUCACCAGUGGGCAGCCCAGUGUCAAUGGGUGGUAUGCCACAGUAUCUGCCCCAAUACCUGCUAGGUGAAAGCGACUUCAAUCAGUCUUUGAAUCAAUCGCUCACACAAUCGCAUCCAGGACCAAGCAACGCUCGCCAACUAGCAAUGAGCCCAACAAGCCCAGGAAGUGGUAGGCACGUCACCUUCUCACCACCCUCAAUGGGUGGCCUAGGACCUGCUCUCAGCUCUGCCGACUCUCGAAUCAAUAGGGCACCAGCAGCCUCCGGUCUCCUAGGUCAAAGUGAGAAGGGAUCUGGACCCCCAACCACUGGCCUGUUCGACACCUUGCGCCCAUCGUCAGAGCAGUCUCCGUUUCUUUCUCCAACAAAGCCAGCUGAUGGAUCAAUGUUUCAGGCGAAUCUGAAUGCUUCAUUGCUAGCCUCAUCACCACCACCACCUGUUACUCCAGGACAACAUCCUCAGUGGACAGCAAACGAGCCUCUCUCUAGUAACUGGGUGACAAUCUUUGGCUUUCCAACUUCUGCCACUUCAUCAAUACUUGCUCAGUUUGCUCGGUAUGGCAAUAUAGUAGACAAGCAAUUGCCUGUUCAAGGGAACUGGAUGCAUUUGCAGUACCAAACUCGUGUUGAAGUCAGACGCGCUCUUGGAAAUAAUGGGAAGAUAUUUGGAGGCAAUACUAUGAUUGGAGUAAUGCCAUGCACUGACCCUUCUAUUGUUGACAUCAGUAAGGAGAAUUUUAAUAGAGACCCAAACAUGUCCCGAAUGAGUGCUGCCUGUAACAUGUCAUUUGGAACCCCGUCAAUGGGUCUGCCUCAGUCUAGUGUAGCUAGUCCAUUUGGAACCCCUCACAGUGUAAGACCACUUCAGAGAGCCUUCUCCAGUGCACAUGUAGGAGAUAUUGUCUCACCUCAACAUACACCACAGAGAAGCACAAGUUUUGUAUCAAGAGCUAUGGAUUAUGUCUUCAAUUGGUAAAUAAUUAAGAAAUGCAAUUUUUUUAUUUGAAAUGAAAAAUUGAUUCUGAUGUAUUUUAUUUUAAAAAUUUUCAAUCUCCUCACAAUGUUAAGAAUGAAAUGACUGAAGGUAUUUUGCCUUGUACUGUAAAGAGAUUCCCAGCAUUGGUCUGGUUUUUUGAAUGCCUGUGUUGUUCAUGUGAUGUUUGUAAUAGCUGUGAACUUUUUGAUACGGUACAUUUUCCAUUUUUUAAAACUUGUUUUGUUUAUUUAUUUUUACAUUUGUGCCUUAUUUCUCUUAGUCCAUUGAUUUUGUUCGUGUCUCGGGUCAAAGUAAAUGUUUGUCUAACAGUGA